GUAUUCUGAUCAAGUCAACAAUGCCUCUAGGCAUAUCUGACGUCAUGUAUUUGAUAUCUUUAUGUGAAGGAUAAUGUCCAUAUUGACAUCAGUUCAUUGUGUUUGAGGACGGUUCACUGACCGGUUUUCAACGGAUACGAUUAGAUUAGUUUAACAGUUACAGAAAAGCUACAGUAGCCUAUCAGAACUGCUACAGUAUCCGAGGCGCAGAGCCUUAAUUAACGGGCUACACAUAAUGGCUGACGACAGCCAGGUAAGGUUCAUUUUAGCCUACGUUUAAUGAGCUUUAACGUUGUCCUAAUUCCAUCUUGUUCUAAUGGCAAGUCUGCCUUAAGUGCAGAAACUAUGGUUGAUAUUAGAAAAUAAGUAUGAUUGGAAGUUUAGGCAAGUAAUUCCAAUUGGGGAAUUGUUGAGGGAUGUUAGCAUACCAUAUUGCGCGUGUAGCAUUCGUGCCAUGGAGGAUUGUGCAGGCCGGGAGGUUGCUACAGUAUCCUAGUAUCAUGUAUGUUAUAGGGAUCAGAUCUGGCUGACUUUUUCACCUGAACUGCUCAUUGGCUGUCCAUAAUGAGCCCAGCGAGCAGGAUGUGUAGCUGGGCUCUGCAAUAAUUAGCUCCCAGAGCAAUUACAAAUAACUAUUAUUGUUUUAAAAGCGUCAUUACAACUAGCAACAUGACGGUCAGUCACCUCUAAGCAGGACUCAGUAGAAACGCUAUGUGUUGGAUUUGUCCAUGUCUCUCUAAAUUAACGUAGCUACCAUAACAGCCGUGGAGAGUUUAUACUACAGUUUUAAGGGAUCUCUCUGAAGGUUUUAGAUGAUACAGUGGUGCUUCGUCCUCUGGAUGAAGAACCAUACAUCUCGGCUUGGCUCCAUUGCAUUAUUAUUUGGGAAACGUUGACAUGCCAUUUGUGUCGGCGGAUGGAUGAAAAUAAUGUGAUUAUAGAAUCGUUAUACAUAGGCUAGCAGGAAAAUCCGCAUGAGAUAUCCAUAGAACUGAGCCCUGCUCCGUUUCAGCACCAUGGCACGGUCCCCUGACUCCAAGAAACGUGUCAGCUCUAUGCAGCGGACAGCUCCACAGUGCUGAAAUAGUUCAAGCCCCCUUGAACAUCUUUGAUUUGAAAUUAUUCUGCAAGUGGUUAUAAUUUAUUGCACGUCCUAGUUCUGCAGCUUUGCAACCUCAGAAUUAUAGCUAAUGGAUGGCAGCGAGUUACGUUUUUGUGCAUGGUGAUGAAUGACGACGCAUGACAAACCAUAAAUUAAACGCAAAAACGUGCACUUAGACAUAUUUUCGUUUGGCAGAACUUUGACAAGCUUUGAUUUGUUUUCCAAUUACAUUGACAAUUCAUAUAGACAUUAGACUUUGGCCUAAUUGUGACAUCAUGUGUGUAUGACAUCUUUGGAGAAUGCUCUGGCUUCAGCCAAUCGGAAAUCGAGUAUUCAACAAUGCUUUGGCAUAAUUCAAGGACGUUCAUAUUCACUUCAGUUGUUUGCCGAUGGUUCACUGACGUUUUUUCAAAGGAGGUAUUAGUAUUUCCUCGAAACAGCCUACAACAAUAAGCUACACAUCAUGUCAGAUGACAGCAAGGUAUGGUUCAUUUAGCCUAUUUUGAGUUUAGAAGAGAAAUUACUAACAAUAUAGUAGGUCACUAACACAGCAAUAGGUCUCACUGGUUUGAUCCAUGGACUGAAAUCUGACCACUAUUGCCGUUUUGUUUAAAAUAGGAGCAAAUAAGUUGUUUCAUAAAGUCACAACCUAGGACUGAUAUUGGUCUCUCAUUUAUCCACCAGAGCGUGAAAUGGGAGGAUCCCCCAGAUGACCAAAAUAAGGUUGUGGAGAAUUUGAAGGAUGAAACAGAGACAUAUGAGACCAACAAGAACAGGACAGGAGGCAAGGCUAAACGUAAAUCCAGUGGCUGUGCCAAGAAGACUUCCGUGGAGGAGGACUGCAGCAUUGGUGCAGGUUCGAGAUUACUUCAUGUUGGGUGCAGGUUGUGUUCAAAUUCAUCAGCACUAAUCUGAGAAGAUAGUAUCUAUAUAGGUGAAAGCAAUAUAGUGGAGGCCCGCAGAGAGAUGUGCUUUUACCUGUCCAGUGCAAUCAAAUCACUAAAGGUGAAGGAAAUUAGGGAUCAAGUUCAGAUUCAACUUUAGAUUUCUCUUUGCGGUUUCCCAGAGUCUUCUCAGACACCCGGGUGUGGUUUCCGGGAAAGGGGAUCUAUCAUUGAGCAGCUGGAGAAGGAGGCUCAGAGGACUCUAAUGCCUUCUCUCAAGAUUGAGACAUGCUGUGCCCCAAUCCUCCUCUCCUUCCUGAGGAAUCUAACUGAUGAGCAAGUCCCAUGUCUUUUUCCAACCUCACAUACAACAACUCUGAAUUUAUAGUCAUAGUGCACCUUCUAACCACAAAGGGGAUUUCAAACACUACACCUAACAUCACUGUAACCACACCCCUAACUCUUCCUGUAAAUCAAGAACAAAAUGUCUCAUGUACUUGCUAAUAGCUUCAUUAAAUACACGUUUAUUUCCCCUAACAUGGAUAUCUAGUGACUCCACUAACUCAACAUCAGUGUGCAGGUAAAAUAUGUUUCCUUUCUUUUCUUUUCUCUAGCCAAUGGAGAGUGAUUCAGCAUGGCAUGAAAAAUAACCUCACAUUCGAGCAGCUCUCCAUGCUGUGUCUGAAGAUUGUUAAAGUCGUGACCCAGACAGCCCUCCGCAUUCUCCUACCAGCGCUAGCUCGUAUCAUGGGGGUGAACCUGAGGAGUGGGGCAACCUCCCCAGAAUCCCAGUGCUCUGAGGAUUCCUUAGGCAGUCUGGAUGAGAGAGAGAAAAGGCUGCUGAUCAGUGAGAUGAACUACUGGACUAAGGAGAGGAGGAGGAAUGGCAGUGCAGGGUGCCGCCAAAAAUCCACCCGCAGGACCUCAUCACCAUGCUGUUCGCCUAAGAGGUCCCAGACCUCAUUGCAGAGCUUGCCUGCAACUAGAGAGGCUACACUCAUGGAGGAGCCUCUGAAGGCUCUUUUUGGGGUAACGGAAGAGAGCCUCCUGAUAUCCCUGGUUGAGGGUCACUCCAACCCCAGCUCCUCCGAGUUGAGCUGUGCUAUCGUGGGGGAGGUGGUACACCAGCUUAACUCUGGCCUCUCAGUGGCCAUUCAGGCCAGCCCGGGGUGUUGCCCCCUUAUGGACAGUCAGGACAUAGCAGCAGGCAAGGAGGUCAUUCGGGUAGCCUCGGUGCAGAUCCUGGCCGAGCUACAGAGCCAAACGUCUGAGCCAGAGUGGGUAGGGUUUAUCGAGCCCCUCAUGGACCCUGUGACCGAUGAUGUGCUGGAUGCCAUUGUCGGCACAAUGGACAAAAUGGCACAGGACUUCAACAUCCUAUUGGAUCUGGCCAAGAAGAUGACAAUCUUGGGGUCUAAAUUUCUGACCAAUCUUCAAUGUGACCUUGAUGUUGAGUGUCCACCUGGGAAGGAAGGGACCACUCACUUUCUCAAAGAGACUGGAUCCUCUACCAGUGUGGUGGCCAGAAAGAUUCAGACCCUCUCUAGCCCCGACUUUCAGUCUAAAGCCCUGAAGGCAGUGAACACCAUCCUUACAAGGAAAGUCAGCAGCUCUUCUGGCAUGGCUCCUUCCUCUAGGCCUUCUAGUGCUGCUCCUAGCCUUACUGAAGCCCCCCUGAAUACCAGCUGCACAGCCCUGACAUCUGUAACCUCCACUGCCACAGUGAUUGUUAAGGCAUUUGUGGGAGGCAUGGAGACGAUAGCAUCAUUUGAAGGCACAUGUGAAGCAGUUGAUUGGCCAGUUCCUGUAAAUGACCACAAAACAGGAUCUUCACAGAUGAUAACUUUUUCUCUAGCCCGCACACUCUACAGCCGUAUACGAGCAAAGCUGAGGGAUCUUUUAACUCUAUCCACUCGAGAAGAAGGUGUGGCUAAGGAUGCUUCUCUUCAGGAGUCUUCAGACACCAUUGAAAAGGCAACUGUUUCAACUGUUGAGGUCCAGUUACCCAGCACCGAACUUAGCAGAGUUCCCAGUGAGAGCCAACCAAUACCAGCUCUCUGUCGCUCCAAUCUGGAUACCAGUACUCAAGAAGUUCUUAGCAGUGUUUUUUCCAUCUACAAGUCAGAGUUAUCAAAAGUGGAGAGUAAAUCCUUGGCCGUUGUCAGUUCAUCUGAUGAGUCCCUAGAGGCUUGUUGGUUUGUUGAUGGUGUCCUAUCAAAGCUCGAUGACUAUACUAUUUCCCAGUCACCCUCACCCAAUGAAGACUUGAGCGUGAGUACUCAAUAUUCUCAACUGAGCUCAGAAGAGAGUGUCAGAAUCACAGAAUCCUCUACUAGUCUGAUUCAGAGCAUUAAGAAGCUCUCUAGCAAUGACUUCCAAACUCAGGCAGAAGAGGCAGUGAGUAAAGUGCUGAUGAGAUCCAGUCAUUCCUUUAUCACACAGAUCAGCCAUACUGGUCUUCAGAUUUGUCUGCAGGCUGGCUUAUCAUCUAGCUCACCAUCGGAGAUCCAUGUCCUUUCAGAAUCCAUGUCCUCCAUGUCCUCUGAGAAUACAGCCUCUGGAUUAGUGGAAACCUUUGUCAAAGGAAUGACCACUAUUUUCCAGAAAAAUGAGUCCACUGACACUGUGCUACUGGAAAGAAGUGGGAGAGUUUUGCAGUGCUCCCACGGGGGCUCCCAACUGGAUGAUACUGAAUUGAGUGUUAAAAUAUCACAGGAGAAGCUUUGGUCAACAGCUAAGACCAUCUGCGUCAGUAUGAAGAACACACUUAAGGAUUUCUUCACAGGGCUGAAGCCAUCCGGAUCCGAAAGGACAGAAAAUGCUUCUUCCAAAGAGACCCUUGGGGAAAUCCUGGUUGCUAUCCAGAGUGAAAUCUCAAACUUAGGGCGAAUGAAGGAUUCCAGGGAGCUCCUUCAGAUCAAUGAUAUGUUAGGAACUAUGCUGAAGGAGGUUGAGAAAAGUGAGGAUGACAGUGAACACGUCUGCCAAGACAUCCCUAGAACCUGUUCAUCUUUGUCCACUUCUUUAAAUGGUCGUAGUUCCUUGUCCAGCUCUUCAAAGGGUCCUAGGUCAGAGUGUGAGUUAGAGAUCAAUCUCCCUGGCACUCCCAUCCCUGACCAAGUGCCUUUUGAUCUGACCUGCCCCAUCGUCAGGAGCUCCUGCAUCGACACCAGAGUCUCUAAAAUGCCAGAGAUUUCUUCAAGUGACCUAAAGACAAAGAUGAUGGCACACACAGAUGAACCCCUGCAUCGUAACAGUCCAAUGACUGACAGCAGUCGACCACCGAGUGCUAAUGCCUCUUUUCGAUCCUCCACUCCGUCUUUCACCAGCAAAGGAACCUCUUUGGUACCAAAGGGAAAUGGGAUUGACAUUGAAGAGAAGGAGGUGUGCAUCCCCAGCAGCUCUGUCCAUCUGAGGGAGCUCUUAAUCACCCCGGACAUCAGCAGUGCCACUGCAUUCCCACUGCAGUACUUGAUGGACUCCAGCAAAGAUGAUGGCAUCUGUUUUGUCACCAUACUGGUGAUAAGGUUGCUAUCGGAGAUCAGACCCUCAGCCCUAGAUGGACCAUCCCAACAGGCAGCAGAUCUGACAGAAACAUGUCAGCAACUCAUCAGACAAGUCCUGUCUGAGUUCUGUGCUGCAUCCAGAUUCUCCAGGACACAGGCAUAUUCCCAGAACCUGAACAUCCAAAGGGUGUUCAGAGGUGUACAUAAAAACCUCAUGGAAGAGUUUGGCUCUUACAACACCCUGCAAGCAGCUAUUUCCUCCCAGGACCCUGCAUUUGACAGAGUCCUGGUAAAGUCCUUGACCCAGCAGCUGGUACAGGGAUGCAAGGAGGCGUCAGGACCAGCUUCUGCUGCAACAAACCCAUCAGACCAGGCUGAGACAGAGAGGGGGGCUGAGCAGAAAGCAAGAAGGAGCUUCCUUUGCUUUUCAAUGACCAAACUCAGGAUCAACUUCAAGCGUUCCAAGAGAGGAAACAAAAAGGACUGCCAUUCAGUCCAGGAACAGACUGAGAUUCCCUCUACUGAUGCACAUUGCAUAGCUCCAGUUGGAGAGGCUUCUCCCUCCAUAUCUCAGCCUGUCAAAAAACAAUCCUUGAUUGUCAGGGUCUUUUCAGCAAUGAUGAAGCCAUUCAGGCGCUUCACCAAGAAGAACCUGUAACCUGUUACGCUGCAUGAAGAACUACUUUUGUAACAGCAAGACUUUUGACAAGAGGAAUUUCUGCAUGUCUACCCUUUCAAAGUCUAUUUGAUCAAAUAAAUACAAAUUAUUUUACAAGAA